CGGGAGCUUCUUGAACUUGACUUCUGCAUGAUUUAUGACUGAUAUCCUCUAAAUUUCCUCCUAGUUUUCGUUAUUUAUAAUUUUAAAAUGCAUUUUUUAAGAGCUUUCAAACUUUUCAACCGGAUCAAAAUGUACUCAUCAUCGGCCUCUCUCAAAGCUCAACUUCAUGUACAAAAGGAAAUUAAAAAUGGAGUUGCUGUUGUGAAAUUUGAUUCACCUAACUCGAAGGUGAAUACGCUGUCACGAGAGGUUAUGACAGAAGUGGAGCAGCUAAUGAAAAAUAUUUGGUCUGAUCCUAAAGUUACUAGUGUUGUGCUAAUUUCUGGUAAACAAGGAUGCUUCAUUGCUGGUGCUGAUAUUAGCAUGCUUGAAGCUUGCAAAUCAAAAGAAGAAGUCACACAGUUAUCGAAAGCUGGUCAAAAUUUCCUUGAAGAGAUAGAAAAAAGUCAAAAACCUGUUGUUUCAGCAAUAAUGGGCACUUGCCUUGGAGGAGGUUUGGAGGUUGCAUUAGCUUCACAUUAUCGCAUAGCAGUCAAAGAUAAAAAAACUGGUUUGGGAUUACCUGAAGUUCUUCUUGGUCUUCUUCCUGGUGCAGGAGGUACUCAACGUCUUCCUCGUGUGAUAUCCCUGCCUAAUGCCUUGGACAUGAUGCUAACUGGAAAAGUUAUCCGAGCAGAUAAGGCGAAGAAAAUGGGAUUAGUUGAUUUAUUAGUUGAUCCAUUAGGCCCUGGUACAAAGCCACCUGAAGAAAGAACACUUGAGUAUUUGGAAGAAGUUGCUAUAAAUGUUGCUAGAGAUUUAUCAUCAAAAAAACUGAAAGUUGACCGCACAAGACCUCUUUCGGAAAGACUUUUAAAAGCUGCUCUCAAAUUGGAAUUUGUCCGAGAACAAAUAUUUAAAAAAGCUAGAAGUCAAGUCAUGAAGCAAACCCAAGGACUCUAUCCAUCUCCUUUAAAAAUCCUUGAUGUAGUCAGAACUGGUAUUGAAAAAGGGCCAGUAGAGGGCUAUGCUGCUGAAAGCGAUGGAUUUGGAACACUUAGUCAGACUUCUCAUUCUAAAGCUUUAAUUGGAUUAUAUAAUGGCCAAACUUUAUGCAAGAAAAAUAGAUUUGGUGCUCCUUCCAAGAAACCACAGUCAGUUGCUGUUCUUGGUGCUGGUCUAAUGGGUGCUGGUAUCGCUCAAGUUAGCAUUGAUAAGUCUUUUGAUGUCAUUUUAAAAGAUGUCAGUCAAGAUGGUUUAUCUAGAGGUCAAAAUCAAAUAUAUAAAGGGCUCGAUUCUGCUGUGAAAAGGAAAAGGAUUUCAUCGCACGAUCGAAAUCUCUUUAUGUCAAAAUUGUAUAGCACUACAGAAUAUAAGAAUUUCAAAAAUGUGGACAUUGUAAUUGAAGCCGUUUUUGAAGAUAUUGGCGUUAAACAUAAGGUUAUCAAAGAGGUGGAGCAACACAUACCAGAACACUGCGUUUUUGCAUCAAAUACAUCAGCUUUGCCUAUUCACAAAAUUGCAGAAGCCUCAAAGAGACCUGAAAAAGUAGUUGGUAUGCAUUACUUUUCUCCCGUUGAUAAAAUGCAGCUGCUUGAAGUUAUAACGACUGAUAAAACUUCAACUGAUACAGCAGCGACUGCUGUACAAGUUGGCUUAGAACAAGGAAAAGUUGUCAUAGUUGUGAAGGAUGGACCUGGUUUUUACACUACAAGAAUUUUAGCUCCAAUGUUAUUUGAAGUUAUUACCAUGAUGCAGGAAAAUAUCAGUCCAAAACAACUUGACAAAAUAACAAAGGAUUUUGGGUUUCCUGUUGGGGCUGCAACAUUAGCUGAUGAAGUUGGAUUGGAUGUUGCAAUACAUAUUUCAAAUUACUUAUCUUCUGUUUUUGGUGAAAGGUUCAGUCAUGGUGUGAAUUUAAAUGUUGUCAAAGAUGUAGUGUCUGCAGGAUUUUUAGGGCGAAAAUCCGGAAAAGGAAUUUAUGUCUAUACUCCUGGCGUGAAAGAGCGAGAAGUGAACCCAGAGGCAGAAGAUAUCAUGAAAAAGUACCAAAUAACAUCACCAAAAGAAUGUACAACAGAAGAACUUCAGAUGAGACUAGUGACUAGAUUUGUGAAUGAAGCUCUCCUUUGUUUGCAGGAAGGAAUUCUUGCAAAUCCUUUGGAGGGUGAUAUUGGCGCAGUAUUUGGCUUAGGAUUUCCACCUUUCCUUGGUGGACCCUUCCGUUACACUGAUUCCUAUGGAGCAGACAAGAUCUUAAAAUGGAUGGAGCAGUUUAGAGAACAUUAUGGUCCUCAAUUCACACCCUGCCAACUUUUAAUCGAUCAUGCUAAAGAUUCAAGCAAAAAGUUCCAUGCUGCUAAAUGAUUUUUGUGGCGUUUAGUAAACUUUAUAAGUCAAUGAAAAGAAGUCAUAUGGUCAGUUUCUUUAAAAUGUGUGCAAUUUGAGCAAUAUUUUUCACAACAUUUGUGUCAAGCGCCAUUUUUAUCAAAUUGUAUACAUGUUGAUAUGUGAAACUGAUAUUAUUCAAUCAAGCUCUAAUUUUAAGAGUUCAAUAUUUUAUAUAGUUUAUUCAACUUUUGUACAGAAAGUUGAAUAUUUCUAGAGUAUAGCCUCUAUAAAAGUUGUCUAAAAUUUUUAUGCAGUUUCAAUCAACUAUUGUGCCUCAAAGUUAAUUUACUGCAGCUUGAUUAUUAACUGUAAAUACAAAUCUGUUUAAUUUUUAUAAGAAUACUAUUUUUGUGUAUUUAUUACAGUGAAAGAUAUUUAUAAAGUAAAUGUGUUUUAU